GACACCCACCUUCAAAUCGUUUAGGUUAACCAGUCACCGCAUUAAUUCAAAUGUCGGAAAAGUGUUGGCGCUUCUGCCCUGCAUAGUGCAUAUUCUGCUUAAAUCCAUCGGGAAGAAUGAUUUUGCGAAGUUUCAUAGUAUUUGUGAUUUGUGUACUACAUCAUGGACCUCACCUCCUUUUAGCCGUCCCUUUGAAGCUUUCAGAAAUAGAUUUGGGCCAGGUGGAUCGGAUGCUAGAGCACUUCACCGGGGACCCGUGUAGGAGAUCCAUGCUGGAGGCGAGUAUGUCGCCGCUCGAGGGUUGCCACGACUUCAUGACCAGUCUGGCCAAGCUCCGCGCCAACCCCGCUUUGUCCCGUCUCAUCCUGCCCGGCUGCCUCAUCCUCCAGAACUCCCGAUGCGAGUGGUACUACCUCCCCUUCGGCCGCGUCUGUGUCGCUGACGUCACCACGCCCAACGGCCAGACCAUCCCAAACGUGCUUCUCGAGAAAUGCGUGGCGCUCAAGAAGACUCCCGUAUCUUCCAACAGCUAUGGCACCAAUUCGCCAAAAAUACCGAUCAAAAGCCCCUGAUACUAUCAACUGAAACACGUUUCUGUCAAAUUUUUCAAAAAGCGGUAAAUCAGUGGUAUCAACGACAUCAAGACCUCUAAUAUAUCCUAGAUAAUAUCUCAAUCAA